GAGAAGCUUUCCGGCCCGUUGCGAGGCGGACUGCUUGCCGACAGGAUGGGCUUUGGGAAAACCAGCGUAGCGAUCGGCCUGACAUCGCUGAACGUGAAGCCUCCCACCCUCCCAGGCUUCAAGGAUGCAAGAUGCGGCUACAUUCCCAGCAGUGCGACACUCAUCAUGUGUCCGUCGCACCUUCUGGACCAGUGGCAGGAGGAGUUCUGGAAGUUUCUGGGCAGCGGUGGUGUGGAAAUCUCCGAGGUUGUGGACUCGAAUUCUGGUUACCGAGAGAUGGUGAUGCGUUUCCGUACCAAGGAGUUGCCAGAAGAGGGAGGCUGUCGGUUCGGCAUAGAAGUUGCAGGAGAUGGUGUCCAAGGAGCAUCAAUAACACAUAUCUAUCCUGCUGCAGCCAAGAGGCUAGCGAAGCUGUGCAAGGGGAAUGUUCCAUGCGUUGGAGAUCGCAUCAAGAAGGUCCACUGCACUCAUGUCGCUCCUUACGAAGAGGACGAGUGGACCCAAAAUUUGACGGUGUCUGCUGUGGCAAAGGUGAAAACUUUCAUCAAUUACAAACCAGGACAUCGUCCUCCACGACCCUCCCCGCAAGAGCGGAAUCUUAUGGCAGCUCUUACAGAUGAGUCUGUGGUCACCAUCACCUUCCGGAUUCGCCCGACAGAUCAGCAGCGCACCGCAGUGACACGGGGAAGCGGGCCUCUGAAGGUGCUCGUCAUUCGAGCAAGCAAUGAGAUGAACUGGCUCCAGCAGCAAGACAUCCUGCGAUUCCAUGUCGUCCUGGCCUCCACCGGCAUCCAUGCAGACCAGCGCUAUGCCAGCUAUGUUACCGAUGCAGCGAAAAGCAUCAAGAGCAAAGUACAUGUUAUGGCCAAGAAGGUGGGGGCUCUUCCUGACCUUGUUACAGCCAAGAGCCGUGACAAGAACUCCUUUGACAUGCUCUUGCGCCGGACGCCCGCUUUGUUCGAAUUGACCCGAUGGCACCGUGUAAUCCUCGACGAGUUCCACGAGAGUGAAGCCUGGGAGUACAGGGUCAGAGAGAUGCUUCGAGGCCUGACGGCAGUGCACAAGUGGGGUUUGUCGGGCACACCUCCGCUGGACAGCGCGGCUGCGGUGGCGGAAAUCGCCGGGUUGCUUGGCUACGCGUCUGCAGACAAGUCUGAAGAGGCAGAUGUGAUUGCACAGGCGCUUCACUGGGGCAGCUUUUCGGCACGAGGUGACUUUCCAUUCAGCUGUCCUGAAAUGCAGCAAAAGCUGCAAACCGCCUCCGAGAAGUUUGUGGCGGGAUUCAUCAGGCAGAACACAUCAGCAUUGGUGGAGCAGAUCGGCAUCCAGGAGCAUGAAGUGCUGAUAGAGCACACGGCAGAGGAGAGAUUGAUCUACCGCCAAGCUUGUCAUGACAGGGGCGUGUUCGACCUUGCUGAUGGGUACACCCAGAUUUCUCUGGAG